UUGAGCAACACUGUUCUCUGAUGCAUCCUGCUGUGGUCAGAGGCGUUGAUCCUCUUUUUUGGUUCCUCUCAAGGCAUGCAACACUCUUGGGCAUUAAUGAAGAAAAGCACCGUGUGAAAGCACCACCUUCAGGCAGAGAGUUUUGAUAAUAUAUAUAUCUCAACUUUGUAGCUUUUACCUACUGCUGUUGCCAUCAAACAAACUUACAAUGGCAUCGAUUGGUCCUUCCUUCUUUAUUCUGGGUGUCGUUAUGGUUACUGUCAUAGCAGCACAGACAUCAUCAUCACCAGAUAUAACCGUCACAACAACAGAAUCAAAUGACCAAAACAGCAGCAUGACCAACACAGCCUCUGUGAGUACUUUGAUCUCUGAAAAAACCUCCUACACCACCAUCGCCAUCAACAAUACUGCCAACGUCACCAGUGAGCCUGGUAACCGUACCACAAGCAUCAACUUCACCAGUACCAUCACAACUUUGACAAUGAAAGGGAAUGAAGGCCCUGAAUCCUCCAAAUCUACCCAAAGCCCGAUGACCACAUCUACACCCCUCUCUGCUUCUCAAAGCACCCUCACAACAAAAGGCAAAACUACCGAACACGGGCAGAACACUGCAACAACUGACCGCACUGGCAUUAUCAUCCUUGUCGUGAUCAUCAUCGUAGCUCUUGGAUUUGGAAUUGCCUGCUAUUUUGCGAGGAAGAGAGGAAGGCGCUACUCUGUUGACUUCAACUCCAGACCAGAUGAAGCCAACAUCCCUCUCAGCACCAUACCGUCUGAAAUGCCUCCUGAUAACGCACCUCAGAACGGUCUGCAAACCUUUCAAAGUAUAGAAACUAACGCGAAAGAGUCUCAAGAACCAGAGGCAAAACCUUUAGUACAGGAGGAGCAAAAAGCUGAGGCUGAUAAAUCUGUUGUUGAUCCAAGCGCUGAGUCUGCAGACAGCUCUGGGGACAAACCCAAAGAGGAUGUCGCUGAGCAGAGUCCUCCCGCACCUGUGGGGCCGAACCCGGAAGAGAAAACUGAUGAUGAAGGCAUCGUCUCCAACAAGACCUCAGUGGAGUCACUGAAGGAGACAAAUGAGAACAACAGCAACAAUGCUGACGUGACUCAGAAGAAAGAUUGGAAGUUUACAAAUGUCUUUUGGGAAGUUUCCCUGGACAACCCGGUGUGAGACAUCUUUGCCUUUCUGCUCUGGUCUUCAGACACGUGAUCGAAGAAAGACUCAUAAACUCAAGUGACCGCAGUGGAAGAAGAAGAUACUUCUGUUCAUGCUGUGUGAGAAAUUUAGUUCGCCUCCUUCCUUCUUCAACAAAUUCCUUGUAAAACAGCAGCUUUUUGAAGUUAAACGUCAGCUGAGCUCAGCUUUUUACUGAUUUUACUGAACAGACUUAGCGUGUAUUGUGUAAAAGAUUUACUGGAUUUAUAAACUAAAUGUUCGUAUUUUUGGUACAUGAUUACAAUAUGGUAAAUGGACUGCACUUAUAUAGCGAUUUCUAGUCUUCCGACCACUCAAAGCACUUUACAAUACAUGUCAACAAUCACACACACAGUCAUACACUGAUUGGAGAGGCUGCCAUUCAAGGUGCCAACCUGCUCAUCAGGAUCUAAUCUAAUGCACACACACACACACAUUGCUGGCGCAGCCAUCAGGAACA